UUGCGCAGAGAACUCUCUCUCUAUCUCUAGCCAACAACUAAAAUCUCUUAUAAUAAACAAUCACUUUUUUUCUAUCUUCUCGACCUCCAGUUAAAGGGUGUGUUUUGGUUUGUGUUUGGGAGGUGAGAAGUAUCAAAGGAAGAGCGUCGGGAGAGACUAGAGGAAAGGUUGUUUCUUUCUACUUUGCUUGCGCGGUUUAAAGGGACAGAAAGGAAUAAGAUUAAAAAGACAGGGAAGUAGAUAAUAUAUAUACAUAUAUAUUACGUAAAAGCAAUAGACAAUGUCGGCUUACAGAGACAAAGAUCCCCGUAUUCAUGGCAUCCAAUCCAGGAUUCGUGUUGUCCCCAAUUUCCCCAAAUCAGCAGGCAUUAUGUUUCAAGAUAUAACUACUCUUUUACUGGAUCCUAAAGCAUUUAAAGAUACUGUUGAUUUGUUCGUUGAAAGAUACAGAGGGAAGAACAUUUCGGUCGUUGCAGGUAUAGAAGCUCGGGGUUUUAUCUUUGGUCCAGCCAUUGCACUGGAAAUCGGAGCAAAGUUUGUCCCCUUAAGAAAACCGAAGAAGUUGCCUGGUAAAGUUAUAUCGGAAGAGUAUGAACUGGAAUACGGAAGGGAUUGUCUUGAGAUGCAUCUUGGAGCUGUUGAACCUGGUGACCGGGCCCUGGUUGUUGAUGACUUGAUUGCAACUGGAGGCACUCUUUGUGCUGCUAUGAAAUUACUCGAACGAGUCGGGGCCGAUGUAGUUGAAUGCGCAUGUGUUAUCGAAUUACCCGAUCUAAAGGGUCGAGAACAGUUGAAUGGGAAGCCACUAUAUGUACUUGUGGAGUCCCAUUGAUCCUGGCUGAUGAUACAGUUUGUACAUUAGAGCUCCACCUCCAUGGAUAAUAGCUCUGGACUCUAUUUUAGAAAAACAGAUCUGAACUUUGAUUAGUGAAG